AUGAUCAAUUCAAUAUUAAUAUUAAUUGGUAUUAUUACAUUAAUAUUUUUAAUAAUUAAUAAUGUAAUACCAUAUUUAAUUGUUUUUACAAGUAAAGAUCAAGAUUUUAAAAAGAAAUAUGGAAAAUGGGCAUUAGUAACCGGUGGUAGUAGUGGUAUUGGUAAAUCAAUUGCACAUAGAUUAGCAAGUCAAGGUAUUUCAUUAAUAUUAGUUUCAAAAGAUGAUAAUAAUUUAAAUGAAUUAAUAAAUGAAUUAAAUUUAAAAUAUAAUAAUAAUAGUUAUGAUGAUGAUGAUGAUGAUGAUAAUUUAAAAUUUUUAUCAAUUAAAUUGGAUUUCACAAAAUCAGAAUCAGUAAAAGAAUUAAUUUUAAAAUUAAAAGAAUUUGAAUCAAAUAAAAUUUUAAAAAUAAAUGAAAUUAGAAUUUUAUUUAAUAAUGUUGGUUAUGUAACAAUGGAAGGAUUUAAUCAAACUUCAUACGAUAAUGAUAAAUUAAAAAUGAUACAAUGUAAUACAUUAACAACUGUUGAAUUAACUGAUUACUUUUAUAGAAUUUGGAUAGAAGAUAAAAUAAAUAAUAAUAAUAAUUAUAAAAAGAAUGGUGUAAUUAUAAUUACAUCAUCAAUUACGUGUGCUUUACCAUCACCAUUUUCAGUAAUGUAUUCAAGUUGUAAAUCAUUUUUAUCAAUUUUUGCAACUUCAUUAUCAUUAGAAGCGAAAUUUAAUGAUAUUGAUAUUUUAGCUAUUCAACCUGGUAAAGUUGAUACCAAUUUAUUUAAUAAAACUCCAGAUUUAUUAAUUUUAAAAAUUUUAGAUUUAAUUUCCCAAAAAUCUGAUGACGUUGUUGAUAUAAUUUUUAGAAUUACUGGAAGAUAUGGUAUUGUAAUUUUUAAUAGUGGUUUAUUUGCUAUAAUUGCAAAUAUUGUUUUAAGUUUAUUUGGCAUUAAUUUUUUAAUUAAUUUAACUUUUUUAAUUUCAAAAUAUAUUUUAAAAGAUUUUUUAAUUUUUAAAACAAAUAAUAAUAAUAAUAAUAAUAAUAAUAAUAAUAAUAAUAAUAAUAAUAAUAAUAUUAUAAAUAAAAAUAAAAAUAAAAUAAAUUAA